UCCCGUCGGCUCUGUCGACAGCGGAUCCUCCUCCAGCCUCUUCAAACUGGUUCCACCGCCACACAGACGACAUUUCGGAGGUUUGGUGUGUAUCUCCACACCCCUCACAUCUGUGAGUGUGUUUCUGAGAAUAUUCAUUUUUUCUCGUCGGAACGUCUGGAGACAGAAGCGAGCACAGACGGAGCUGUGUUUUCAGGCUGCUUCAGUGGGCGGAUAAAGCAGAGGAGGGCAUCCGGCCCUGGCAGCUCCCGGAGAUUCGACUCGAAACGACGGAAUUCACAAUUUCCAGUCUGUGCACGGCCCUGCUAUGGAGAAGAUGAAGAGGAUUAAGAAGCGUCUGUCGUUAACCCUCCGCUCCAGUCAAACCAUCGAUGAGUCCCUGUCCGAACUGGCCGAGCAGAUGACCAUCGAGGACGGUGGCACCAAGGACAAUGAGCCCUUCAUGAGGAACGGCCGCCCCCCCACCUCCCACAGCAUGCACUCCUUCCUGCACCAGUACACCGGUUCCUUCAAGAAGCCCCCCCUCCGCCGGCCGCACAGCGUCAUCGGCGGCACCCUGGGAUCCUUCAUGGCUAUGCCACGCAAUGGCAGUCGUCUGGACAUUGUACAUGAGAAUUUGAAGAUGGGAUCAGACGGGGAGAGCGACCAGGCAUCUGGAACAUCAUCAGACGAGGUUCAGUCUCCAACCGGCGUCUGUCUGAGGAACCGAGUCCACCGGCGUAUCUCCAUGGAGGACCUCAACAAGCGUCUGUCACUGCCAGCUGACAUCCGAAUUCCCGACGGUUACCUGGAGAAGCUGCAGCUCAGCAGUCCACCCUUCGACCAGCCGCUCAGCCGACGCUCCCGCCGAGCUUCGCUGUCGGAGAUUGGUUUUGGGAAGUUGGAGACGUACAUUAAGCUGGACAAGCUGGGAGAGGGAACCUACGCGACAGUGUUUAAAGGACGCAGUAAGCUCACAGACAACCUGGUGGCAUUGAAGGAGAUCAGGUUGGAGCACGAGGAGGGAGCACCGUGCACUGCCAUCAGAGAAGUGUCGUUACUGAAGGACCUCAAACACGCCAACAUCGUGACGUUGCACGACAUCGUUCACACUGAGAAGAGCCUCACACUCGUAUUCGAGUACCUGGAUAAGGAUCUGAAACAGUACAUGGACGACUGUGGAAACAUAAUGAGCAUGCACAAUGUGAAGAUCUUCCUGUUCCAAAUAUUGCGAGGGCUGUCGUACUGUCACAAGAGGAAAGUUCUCCACAGGGACCUGAAACCUCAAAACCUCCUUAUUAAUGAGAAGGGAGAGCUCAAACUGGCUGAUUUUGGUCUUGCGAGGGCCAAGUCUGUCCCAACUAAAACCUACUCCAACGAGGUGGUGACUCUUUGGUACCGGCCUCCUGAUGUUCUGCUGGGAUCCUCGGAGUAUUCAACACAGAUUGACAUGUGGGGGGUUGGUUGUAUAUUCUAUGAGAUGGCUGCAGGUCGGCCGCUGUUCCCCGGCUCCACCGUGGAGGACGAGCUCCACCUCAUCUACAGACUGCUGGGCACACCCACAGAGGAGAACUGGCCGGGAAUCUCCUCCAUCGAAGAAUUCAAAUCCUACAACUUCCCCAAAUACAAACAGCAGCCAUUAAUCAACCACGCUCCCAGGCUGGACAGCGAGGGCAUCGAGCUGCUGCUGGCAUUUCUCAGAUACGAAUCCAAGAAGAGGAUUUCAGCGGAAGAAGCGAUGAAGCAUUCCCACUUCAGGCAGCUUGGAAUGAAAGUCCAUACACUGCCUGAGAGUGUAUCAAUAUUCACAUUGAAAGAAGUGCAGCUGCAGAAAGACCCUGGCUAUAGGAACUCCUCGUACCCAGAGUCAGGCAACGGCAAGAUCAACCGGAGACAGAGCAUGCUCUUCUAAUGUUCAGUGAAGAGGAUGGUCCAACUUCAUCAUCACUUCCAAUCAGUCUCUCGCAUGAGCCCACCUCCUUUUAUAGUGACACCCCUCCAACUACCUGCACACGCACACACACAAACACGCACACACACAUCUGAGCGAGUGACUCUGGGUUGAAUCUAAUUGGAGACUGUGUUUAUUUAUUGGGGCGGGGUGAGAUUGAAUAUUUUUGCUGCUAAACUACUACUGUCUGUAUUUAACACACUGUGUGUGUGCCUGUGCAUGUGUGUGCGCGUGUGUACAUGAUGUGAACUCGAGACGCCAUGCACAGUAAAACAGUCAGUAAGGUUAAUAUUUCCUUUUCUUCUGACUGCGAUUUUCUGGCUUCGUUUGAGUAAGAAUUCCACUGAUGUUAAUGUCGACGCUGUGAUCCAAGUUGUUGUUCUUGUUGUCGUGCUUGGAGACCGAACGCAUCAGUUUCUUCAGAAUUUCUUCUUUUUUUUAUAAAUAUGUAUAUCUAUAUAAAUAUAUAUAUUUGGAGUUUAUGUUUAGUUUUUUCUUCGGGCUUCCGUGACUGAACUCUACAGCAUUUCCAGUUUUAGAAAGAAUGGGACAGUUAGAUGGUCUUGGUUGGGUAAGAAACAUAUCCUCCGGAUUCCGUAUCAACAGUUUUCCGAAACAUUUCCGAUGGACUGUGUUUGGAGGGGUCCAGCUGGUCUCAAGUGGUUACAUUGAAGAUCAGAAUGCAAGGACUGUGAUUGGACAGUGGCAACAGUUUUUAGCUGAGGGUUAAAGAAGCACAUGGAGUCCAGUUGAGCUGGGAUAACCUAAAACCAACUUUCGGUUCUUUUUAAACCAUUCUGGCUCAGCAACAGCACCGAGCCUGAGGAGCAGGGGAAGGCACACAGUUGGGAACACGAGCAGAAAGCGCGGAUGAAACAGGAGGAAUACUGGAGCUGAACAGAAAAUCAUGUGAUAUCCCACAGGAAGCCAGCAAGCCUUCUGUAAAACUCCUCACCACAACUUUUUUUUUUUUUCAAGCUUCAACUUCUCGCUCUCACUGCAGUAACUCUUUGUUUUUAACUCGCACUUCAGUGUGGUGUUUUGGAAUCAGGGACCCGGGCCCUUGACACGGCUGGAUUUACCCAACAGUUGUAAGAUGUGUACUCUGUAUCUGUGAACUUUGACCUCUCCUUGUGAAACAACAAUGUCACUGUGGCAUGUUUUCAGGGGGGGGGGGGUGUAGCAGGGAUCGGGGUGGUAUGCUUAAAAGCAAAAUGGUUGUUUUAAACUUGACGUCGGACCACCGCUCUCUCUCACCAGCUUUUGUACACAAGACAAAAAUAGAAAGAUUUCAAAUUGAAAUUGAAGAUUUAUCUGCCCGCUGUGUUAUUUGCAACUGACAGUGAUGCUACAGAUGCAGCAUCUUGAAAAGUCUCACUUUUGACUGCAUGUUUACUGGAAGGAGAUCUCCCCAACACUUAAAACAUGUUUCAGUGGUGUGCCUUGCAUUCCUGCUUUAAUUUAGUUGCUUAUUUUUCUUAUGGCUGUGGUUCAAACAGGUGUAGGCACAUGGUAUCAAGAUAUGGUAUGACCAGCAGCUGUCCAGUAAUCACUUUAAAGGAAUAGUUCUGACAAAAGCUCUUGUUCACGUUAUUCGCCAGUAUCACUUGACAAGAUUGAUAUUGCUCCCAUAAUCUGUACGAUAAUUAUGAAGCAGCAGUUGGCAGAGAAUUAGCUUGGCACCUCCAAAACUCACAUGCUAACAUGUAUUAUCUCGCGUGUCAGUGUGACUCACAGUGACUCCCUGUAGAAAUAGUCUAGCGUAUAAACCACAUCUUGGCCUUUUUGUCUUGUAUCAAUCUUCUUGUAAAAAAAAAAAAAUUGUGAACAUUGUGUGUUAGCUGGAGGUUCAGCCACACAAAAUCCAUCACGGAAAAGGCAGCGACCAAUUUGUCUUUACAGUGUCGCCCAAAAGACAACCAGCUAACUGCAGUGACUUGGCUUCGGCACUUAAUAAAGCAGGGAUGCAUUGAAGAUCACAGAUUGAACAUGUAGGUGUGAGUAUCAGAGGGACAAUAAGUUUGAGAUUUCUGUGUAAAUGUUCAGCAAAAUGGCUGCAGAACAUUUACAUGGAAUUUUUAUUGUUCGUAUUAAACUUAUUGUUCGUUGAGAUUUAAAGGAUGCGCAACAACACUAGAGUUACAGUAAGUGAUCGGGUAGAACAUGUCAGAGAAGUGCUGGAAACACUACUAAUGCUCGAUAAACUCAUUAACAACUGAGGUGGUGAAUGAAAUAAACAUGGAUUUAAACACAGUUUGCAGCUAAUAGUGUAAUAAUCCUGUGAUCAUGAAGUAUUGACUGGUAUUUCUGAUGCCGAGGAGGUUAUGUUUUCAUUGCCAUUUGUUUCUUUGUCCGUCUGUUCGCAGGAAUACUCAAAAACUACCAACCCAAUUUUCAUGAGAUUUAGUAGAGGAGUGGGGGCAUUACCCAAGGAAAAAACCCAUACAAUUUUGUAUUGUAUUGUCUUAAAGUGGCGGGAUGGGACGUUAGCCUUGGCCAAGGUAUGCCCUCUCCAAACACUUCUACUUUGUUCAGCGAACCUGUGACAUUUUUUUCCUUUCAUAAUCAGAAGCUCAAUGAAUGAGCUCAUAAUUAGAUCAAUGAAAGAUCAACAAAAACUGAAGAUCCUGUAAAUGGUUGAUAUUUCAAAUAAUGCAACGGUUAUUGUCUUCACAUGACAAAAGUCAUACUAAUGGUAGAAAUCCUGUAUUACUGUACACUGCCCCAGUUUUCUAGCUUUAAAAUGAGGAGCCAAUUUCUUCCCCUCAUAUUAUAUUACAAGUACUGUAUCUGCAGAUUUGGAUGCUUCGUUUCCCUGACAUCAACAAUCUAAGAUUAUUCCAAUAUUAACAGCAAACUGUGUUUCACCUAAUAGAACGUUUUGUACACAAACAGCAUUAGCAUGCAUGAAAGGAGAUUUCUACAAUGGCAAAAUAUUUAUCAUUGUAAAACUGUUUUUCAAAUGUAUGAAUGACCUGAAUUUAUGUGAACAUGUCUGAACGUGUGUGUGUGCGUAUGUGUGUGUGUGUGUUUACGUGUGCCUGAUGCAUGUAAGGCCUGCUGUGUUGUGAAUACGACCUCUGAAACAUUGAGCUGCCGAUGUUGGUGUGUGACUCUUUUUACUGGAACUAUUUAUUUCUCAUAACCAUCGAAAGUAAAUUGAAUCUGUUUCAUAAAACA